AUGUUACCGUAUAGAGGGGGAAGGUACUUGGUCAAUCAGGUAAAAAUCUUUACCGAACUUCCCAAUUUAAUUCGUUGGAAUUCAACAUCAACUACCAAAUCCAAAAAGAAUCGUAAUGUGUUCGAAGGAUUAACUGAAUUAGAAGAACAAGACGCCAUUUAUAAAAGACAAUUACUUUUAUCUAAAACUCCAACUGUUAUUAAGAGUUAUGAUAGAGGUCAUCUUUUCCCUGGUUCUACUAAUUUUAGAAAACCUGUACAUACUCAUUUAUUUAAAGGUAAACCAAUUAAAGAAUUAACAGUUCCAAAGAAACAAACUGCUGGUAGAAAUAAUACCGGUAAAAUUACAAUAAGAGGUAGAGGUGGUGCACAUAAAAGAAGAAUAAGAUUAGUAGAUAAUUAUAGACUUAGACCUGGUAAACAAACUGUCUUAAGAAUCGAAUAUGAUCCAAAUAGAUCAGGUCAUAUUGCUUUAUUAAAGCAUGAAGAAUCUGGUGAUUUAUCUUAUAUAUUGGCGUCUAUGGGUUUAAGAGAAGGAGAUUCAGUUGAAUCAUUCCGUUCUGGUAUUCCAAAAGAUUUCAUUGAAGAAAUGAAAAAGACAAAUAAUGGAGAUAUAGAUGAAGCUUUAUUAUCUAGUAGAACUAUUCGUAGAGGUAAUUGUUUACCUUUAAGUAUGAUACCUGUUGGUUCAAUCAUUCAUAAUAUCGGUUUACAUCCUAAAGGAAAAGGUCAACUUGUAAGAUCUGCCGGUACUUCAGCAAGAUUAUUAUCUAAACAUCCAGAGAAGAAUAGGGCCAUUGUUAAAUUAAAUUCUGGUGAACAUCGUUAUAUUGAUCUUAGAUGUUGUGCUACUUUAGGAGUAGUUUCAAAUAAAGAACAUCAAACUAUUUCUUGGGGUAAAGCAGGUAGAAGUCGUCAUAGAGGUUUUAGACCUCAAGUCAGAGGUGUAGCUAUGAAUGCCCAUGAUCACCCUCAUGGUGGUGGUAGAGGUAAAUCUAAAUCUAAUAAAGUUUCUCAAUCUAUGUGGGGUCUUAAGAAGUUCCAAAAGACUAGAACUCAUAAGCAUGUUAAUAAGAUGAAGGUUAGGGACAGAAGAGAAAAGUAG